AUGGCCGAACGGGGAUCUUAGAGGGCAGCACUUUCGCACAAUAUUUAUAUAAAUAUUUAUGUUGAUGUUUCUACAUUUAUGUGAAAAAAUCAAAUUAUUAACCAAAUAAAUUUAAUUAAUACAUAAUUAUAUAUUUGAAAUCUAUUUUCGAACUCAUAAUGGGUUUAUUUGGCAGAUCAAAUCAAAAAAAUCCAUCGGAAAUGGUAAAGGAAUGGAAUGGUAAACUUAGAAAAGAGGGUUACGCUUUAGAUCGUCAAGUGCGAUCAAUAAAACGCGAAGAGGAUAAAAUCAAGAAAUCAUUGAAAGAAGCUGCAAAAAAGAAUGAUAAACAAGUUUGUACUAUUCUCGCUAAAGAAAUGGUAAGGUCGAGAAAAGCAGUCAAUAGAAUAUAUGCCAGUAAAGCCCAAUUGAGUUCAGUUCAACUCCAAAUGCAACAACAGUUAGCGACACUGAAAGUGUCAGGUUCUCUUCAAAAAUCAACGGAAGUAAUGCAGGCAAUGCAAAGACUUGUAAGAUUGCCUGAAAUAUCAAACACAAUGCGCGAAAUGUCUAGAGAAAUGACAAAAGCAGGUAUUUUGGAGGAAAUGAUUGAAGAGACAAUGGAAUCACUUGAAGAUUCAGAGGAGAUUGAAGAAGAGGCACAAAGUGAAGUAGAUAAGGUACUCUGGGAACUAACUGAUGGCAAACUUGGUGAAGCUCCAUCAGUGCCUAUUUCUACACCAAGUGAACCAGCUGCUGCCUCGAAAGAUGAAGAAUCCGGAGAAGAAGAUUUGGAGGAAAUGAGAAAUAGAUUAGAAGCACUAAGAUCUUAAAACCAUUGGUUUCAUUGAAUUAAUAAUACAUGUUAAGAAAUAUGUAUCUAUGCUUUAGAAUGCUUGUUUUUGUAUGUGAUACAGCAUAAAUUUACUAAAAAUAUGUGUCAGACAGGGCAAAUUUCCUGUUUCAUAGAAACCAAUUUAAAUACCAACAUUAUUUAAUGUCCAAUUUAUGUCCAACGCAUCUUUGCAGCACGUAUUUUAUAAUUCAAAAUUAUUUUUGAAUUUCGUUUAUUCACUGACAGCUUUGUUAACCUUCAUAAUGACUAACUUGAUCAGAGUAAAAAAUAAAAAUCGAUAUAUUUAUGCAUUUUAAUAAAAUAUGAAAAACUAUAAAAUCUGUAUCAUUUAUUUUAAAAUAUAUUUUAUUGAGCGUUUACUAUUUUCACUGAUGAAUAAAAUCUCUGUUUUCACAAGCCACCUUACUUUGUGCAUAGUGAUUAUUUAAUGUAAACAAGAAACAACAUAAAAACAUAUUAUCGAAUAAGAUGGCCGAAAACAUAUUCUGAACGUUAAUGCGUAAUAUUUUAUUGACAUUAAUCAUUAAUUAUACACAUAUCUACAUUUCUAGAAUACUAAAUGAUCAUCAUCUGAAUUUAAGGUUUUUGAAGCUCAUUGAAAUUGGCGAACUGCUUUUGAUUAUGUACAACUUUCGAAAAAUCACUUAAAACAGGAAACUUAUAUAUGGUUUAUGGCAUAAAUUUAAUGUAAACACUU